ACUGCUUUUGCACAUGCGCCAACUUUCAAUCCCAGAAGUCUCUGCUUGAAAACUCGCGCAACCACGAAUCUGAGAAACAACGUGAAAGGCUAGGUUAUCAUGUCGGAGAAAAAGCAAACCGUUGAUUUGGGGUUGUUGGAGGAGGAUGAUGAAUUUGAGGAGUUUCCUGCUGAGGAUUGGAAUGGGCUAGACGAGGAUGAAGAUACUCAUGUUUGGGAGGAUAACUGGGAUGACGACAACGUAGAGGAUGACUUUUCAAAUCAACUCAGAGCUGAGCUGGAGAAGCAUGGAUACAAGAUGGAGACGUCAUAGUUCCAGCAUCUGAAACGGAUAUUACAUGGACUUAAAAAUGUGCCAGCUCUGAUGCUGAGUGGAAGGCUUGCAUGUGGAAUGUGAACUUAGGUUGGGAGUACAAUUUGUUUUUUCUUUUUGAGAGUUUUUUUGAGAGUGUUCGGUUGAGUCUGUUUUCAUGAUACAGUUUCCAAGAUCUGAUAAUAAAACUACAUUUGUUGA